AUGUCCAACAGAUUCAUGGGGUGUGGCUCCACUGCUUCUUCCUUUUUCGUUACCUCACCUCAGUGGUGUACAAGAGUUCCAAACAUCAAAUUCAAUGUCGCUAAAGUGCUUCAGUCUCUCAUUCCAAUUGUGGAUCAGUCGGUUGUAGAGAAGACGAUUCGUCCAGGGCUUGUGGAGCUAAGCGAGGAUCCAUAUGUUGAUGUCAGUUUUUUUGCAAACCAAGCUCUUCAGUCUAUUGAUAAUGUGAUGAUGUCUAGCUAA